UUUGUGCACAAAGAGCCUUUAAAAGGCGACAUUUGGCCCGGAGACAUCGGUGCGCAACACAACACAAGGGAAGGACUUGACUUUGCGCAACUGGUUAGAAGUUUGCGCAUCUCAACAUGGCAGCGUUUACGUUACCGGAGGGAUUCACGGAGUUUGAUAUGUUUACGUUCGGCUCCGCGCUUCUUGUCGGCGGCUUGCUUGGAUUCUUCCUCAAUGCCAUCAGCAUCGUGUCUUUCCUCACCGUGAAGCAGAUGCAGACUCCCAGCAACUUCUUCGUGUUCAACCUGGCUGUGGCUGAUAUCUUUUUGAAUAUUAAUGGCCUCACAGCUGCAUACUCGAGCUACCUCAGAUAUUGGCCAUUUGGUCAAGAUGGAUGUGCCUUUCACGGUUUUCAGGGCAUGAUAGCGGUCCUGGCGUCCAUCAGCUUCAUGGGUGUCAUCGCUUGGGACAGAUAUCACCAGUACUGCACCAGACAGAAGCUCUUCUGGAGCACUACUUUGACGAUGAGCGGUCUCAUCUGGAUUCUUUCCAUCUUCUGGGCUGCUGUUCCUCUCAUGGGAUGGGGCGUCUAUGACUUUGAGCCUAUGAGGACUUGCUGCAUGCUGGACUACACCAGAGGGGACAGGGACUAUGUGACCUACAUGCUGACUCUGGUGGUGUUCUAUCUGAUCUUCCCGGCUUUCACCAUGUUUUCAUGUUACGAUGCCAUCCACAAGCACUUUAAGAAGAUCCAUCACCACAGGUUCAACACCAGUAUCCCAGUGAGGGUAAUGCUGAUGUGCUGGGGCCCCUACGUCCUCAUGUGUAUCUACGCCUGCUUUGAGAACGUGAAGGUCGUAUCUCCAAAGCUAAGAAUGGUGCUUCCAGUUAUUGCAAAGACAAAUCCCUUCUUCAACGCUCUGCUCUACUCGUUUGGAAAUGAGUUCUACCGCGGCGGUGUGUGGCACUUCCUCACCGGGCAGAAGAUCGUUGAUCCGGUUAUCAAGAAAUCAAACUGAAAGGAAACUCAAUACAUCAUCAUCCAAUCAUCAUUGAGCUUUGAUGUUGUGCACAUCAAUGAGCCAUUUAGAUGUCUGUACAGUUGGUAUUUGUUCACAUGUGGACAGAAGCUGACAAUCUCUACAUUUGGAGCCUGACGGUGGAUUUGUGUACAUCUACGAAAUGUGUCUCGUCAUUUUUCAUUUUUAAAAUUACUGCAUCAUUUCUACAUGUGUCUUAAACCUGCAGUGCUCCUCCGUCCGUGUUGGAUCACUUACAAUAAACACAUUGUGUUGUUGCUCUCGUA